AUGGUUACUGAGAUGGGAGGAAUCAUUUACACCCAUGGAGACAGGAGUGAUCAGUGUGAGAAGAGCCCUGAGGCCGAGUCUCCUACACAGAGCUGUGUCUACAAUCUCCCCAAGAGGAACCUCAGCAUCUCUGAUGCUGGGACUUACUACUGUGCUGUGGCCUCAUGUGGGGAGAUACUGUUUGAGAACGGGACCAAGCUGGACAUCGAAGCAGGGACCCCUUCUCAGCACAGCCAGUAUGGGAAUCCUCAUGCCAACACGUCAGACCAACAGUUCCACGGUGACGAUGAUGGCCUGAACUACGCUGCGCUGAUGUUCACUGAAAAGAACAGUACUAGCUCAGGAGACAGAGGAGAGAACAGAGAGAGGAAGAAACCAUCUACUCUGAGCUGUGUCUACAACAUCCCCAAGAGGAACCUCAGCCUCUCUGAUGCUGGGACUUACUACUGUGCUGUGGCCUCAUGUGGGGAGAUACUUUUUGGGAAAGGGACCAAGCUGGAUGUUGAAGCUCAUGCACGAGCUGGGACUGAGCCCUCAGCCAUACAACAGUCGAGUGGUCUCACGUCAGCCAAUGUUGGGGACACAGUGACUUUGCAGUGCUUCUAUGAAGGCGACGUGGCCAUGCAUUUCUCUUGGUACAAGCAACCCUUGGGAGAAAAACCUCAGGUCAUCUCAACAGUCUAUAGGUAUGACGAGGCUCCUACAUUUUACCAUGAAUUCAAGGGUAACCCUCGAUUUUCAGUGCAAAGCGGCCAAGGAAUAAAUCACCUCAGCAUCUCAGACAUAAAUAGCUCGGAUUCAGCCUUGUACUACUGUGGGAGCGCACACUCGAAUGUGUUGGAAUUUGGAAAAGGAACCUUUCUCAAUAUAAAAGAUUCAGGCUCCAACAGCGAGACAGCUGUAGAGCAGUCUGUGUCUGAGUCAGUCCAGCCAGGAGACUCUGUGACUCUGAACUGUACAAUACACAUGGAGACCUGUGCAGGAGAACACAGUGUCUAUUGGUUCAGACGUGGCUCGGGAGAAUCCCGUCCAGGAAUCAUUUACACCCAUGGAGACAGGAGUGAUCAGUGUGAGAAGAGCCCUGAGGCUGGGUCUCCUACACAGAGCUGUGUCUACAACCUCCCCAAGAGGAACCUCAGCCUCUCUGAUGCUGGGACUUACUACUGUGCUGUGGCCUUAUGUGGGGAGAUACUCUUUGGGAAAGGGACCAAGCUGGACAUUCAAGAUCUGUUCAUUGAGAAGCUCAGUGCAGCGUAA